GCAUCCUGGUCGAUUUCAGUGGGAUGUCCCACGAGAAAAAGUAAAGCUGCUCUUCGCUUCCUCAGGUCAAGUUUUGAGGAAACUGAAGCCCUUGUGAAUGCCGGGGCAAAGAUCCAGCAUCCCGUCACACGAGGGCUGGCCCCCAACCAAGAGCCACACUUGCAGGUGCCGGAGAAAUCCUCCCAGAAGGAGCUGGAGGCCAUGACCUUGGGCACCGCUUCAGACGCGAUUGAAAUUACAGCUCCUGAGGGCUCCUUUGCCUCUGCUGACGCCCUCCUCAGCAGGCUAGCUCAUCCAGCCUCUCUCUGUGGUGCGCUUGACUAUCUGGAACCCGACUUAGCAGAAAAGAACCCCCCAGUAUUUGCUCAGAAACUUCAGGAGGAGUUAGAGUUUGCCGUCAUGCGGAUAGAAGCCCUGAAGCUGGCCAGGCAGAUUGCCCUGGCCUCCCGUAGCCGCCAGGAUACCAAGAGAGAAGCUGGUCACCCAACAGAUGUCUCCAUCUCUAAAACAGCCUUGUACUCCCGCAUCGGGACGGCCGAGGUGGACAAGCCCGCAGGCCUUUUAUUCCAGCAGCCUGACCUGGACUCCGCACUCCGGAUCGCCAGAGCAGAGAUCAUAACCAAGGAGAGCGAAGUCUCGGAGUGGAAGGCUAAAUACGAAGAAAGCAGGCGGGAGGUGAUGGAAAUGAGGAAAAUAGUGGCUGAGUAUGAGAAGACCAUCGCUCAGAUGAUAGAGGAUGAGCAGAGGGAGAAGUCAGUCUCCCACCAGACUGUCCAGCAGCUGGUCCUGGAGAAGGAGCAAGCCCUGGCCGACCUGAACUCCGUGGAGAAAUCUCUGGCCGAUCUCUUCAGGAGAUACGAGAAGAUGAAGGAGGUCCUUGAAGGCUUCCGCAAGAAUGAAGAAGUGCUGAAGAAAUGUGCCCAGGAGUACCUGUCCCGGGUGAAGAAAGAGGAGCAGAGGUACCAGGCCCUGAAGGUGCAUGCAGAGGAAAAGCUGGACAGGGCCAACGCCGAGAUCGCGCAGGUCCGAGGCAAGGCCCAGCAGGAGCAGGCUGCCUACCAGGCCAGUCUGCGGAAGGAGCAGCUUCGUGUGGACGCUCUGGAGAGGACACUGGAGCAGAAGAAUAAAGAGAUAGAGGAACUCACCAAGAUUUGUGAUGAACUGAUUGCCAAAAUGGGGAAAAGCUAACUUUGAACCGAAUGUUUGGACUUGACCAUUGCGUGCAAUAUGACCGUCGGCACACUGCCGUCCUUCCAGCGACGCGGACAGGUUCUGUUUUCACUUUUUCGUAUGCACUACUGUAUUUCCUUUCUAAACGACAUUGAUUUGAUUGUAUGCAGUACCAAGGAGACUAUCAGAAUUUCUUGCUAUUGGUUUGCAUUUUCUUAGUAUAAAUUCAUAGCAAGUUGACCUCAGAGUUCCUGUAUCAGGGAGAUU